UCAGCUUACCAUAUUGUGUGAGAUCGGAGAAAAUGCGCAGUUGCUGAUCAUUUUAUCGAUUUUAUGCACACCUUGAAUUGUCCUUCUUACUUUCCGUAGUGAGGGAAUCCAUGAAUGCACGCACUGACAUCUUUAAGCAGCAUGGACAGUGAGUGCCUGGUGCUGCUGCCUCGGGUGUGUUCUGUACUAGCGGACCCCAGACAGUCCCUACCAGAUGACACCAGCCUCGAGAAACUGCUGGACUGGUUCACCGGUCUCACCAAGGAGGACCGUGGCCUGGCCCUGUUGGAGUCCUGCCCCUGUCUGGUGGACUACAUAUCCACCGUGUGUCUGGAUAAAACUACAGGUCCCAGCAUGCUUUCCUUCAGCCUCAAACUUUCCGGCCUGCUGGCGGCCAGCCAACACGGCUUCAACCUGCUGCAGGAUCGAUCCAUCCUGGGCGUGGCCUACGACAGCGAGUGCUGGCAGGUGGCUGGCCUAUGGGAGGAUCCGAGCGUGCGGAUUGGCUGGAUCCAUGGCCUGAGUAACAUGAUGCACCACCCACAGGCCUUCCACUUCCUGGAUCAGGCUGGCCUGACCAAACCCCUCCUCCAGCUACAGACUGACCCCAGCCUAUUCGUUGCCUCGGCCGCAAAUCACCUCUUGGCCCGCCUCCUGACUUUCAAACAACCAGCCACAACCUCACACACAACCCAGGGGAAUGGCCUCACUGUUCCACCCAAUACGGAAGAGGAGGAAUUGGCCGUAACCAUGGCGACAAGUCCAGGAAGCGGGCGUUCCGUCACCAUGGAGAUCUUGAAGCACCUGGAAAGCUCUCUGGAGUCAGACAGCCACACCCAGGUGCUCCAGGGGCUGAGGCUGCUGGCUCUGACUCUCCCCGAGCUGGAGGCUCCUCUCUGGGGCUUGGUGAUCAGGCGAGUCCUGAGGCCUCUGGAGGGGUUGGUCCUAGAAGGCCGCGGAGGAGGAGUCACACAACCUCUCAUGGACGUCCUACUGGCUACAUACAGGUCCGGGCCGUGUGACUCCAGACUCGUCUCUCUGAUGGCGUCCAUGUUGAACUCCCAGAAUCCCUCCGACGCUGCGCUGUGUGCUGCUGCCACCCUCCGUCUGAAGACCUGCCCUCCAGACCUCAGACAGAAGGCUGUCGCUGUUCUACUGGGACCUCUACAGAUGGUUACUGGAGUAACUCUACUGGACAGGCCCAAUGACAGACACGCUGAUCAACAGACUGACCACAGACACGCUGAUCAACAGACUGACCACAGACACGCUGAUCAACAGACUGACCACAGACACGCUGAUCAACAGACUGACCACAGACACGCUGAUCAACAGACUGACCACAGACACGCUGAUCAACAGACUGACCACAGACACGCUGAUCAACAGACUGACCACAGACACGCUGAUCAACAGAUUGACCACAGACACGCUGAUCAACAGAUUGACCACAGACACGCUGAUCAACAGAUUGACCACAGACACGCUGAUCAACAGAUUGACCACAGACACGCUGAUCAACAGAUUGACCACAGACACACUGAACAGAUUGACCACAGACACGCUGAUCAACAGAUUGACCACAGACACGCUGAUCAACAGACUGACCACAGACGCAUUGAUCAACAGAUGGACCACAGACAGACUGAUGAAGAUAACAGACAGACGGACACUGACCAGGACAGACAGACGGAGGGCCGUAGCUCUCUCUCUCUCCUUCUGGAUCAUCUCAAUCAGAAACCCUCCUGUAUCUCUCUGCUCUGUCUGUGUGUGUCCAGCACUCCCUACAUAACAGACAUGGAGUCAUCUGCCUCUGUCAUCCUUGCUGUGGUGUCACUCCUGAGGAUCUGUAACGGCCACUCCCCCUCCACUGAGAGCAAGGCUCCUAUUGGCUGUAGCAAAGCCUCCACCAACCUGAUUGGCUGCAGCAAGGUCCAGAGGUGUGGCCUAGACUCCUUGGCUAGCCUUAACACCUGCUCUGGAGCUGUGGAACUGGUGGUGGAGGUGUUCCAUGUUCUACUGCAGUACCUACAGAACCCUGACUCAGACCCCACCGUCCUCCAGAAGACCUACCAGGCCAUGUUGAGGUGGCUGAGUGUGUCUGCAGAGCCUUCCUCACUGGCUGAUCUGGUCAAUGAAGACCUCCUGCCCGUGCUGAGGAAGCGUGUGUGUGACGUGCGUUGGGAGGUUCGAGACUCCACUCUAGAGUUCCUCGGCCAGCUGUGUGCGUGUGAGGCGUUGGCCUGCACUGUCACCCCUAUCCUGCUGGGGGCGCUGUGUGAUCAGGAGAGCUAUGUGAGGGCUAGUGCCAUCUCUGCCCUGGCCAGGACUCUACCGCUACCACUCAGCGGCCUGCAGGGGGAGGCAGGGAACCAUACACAGGAGGAGGCCGUGAGUCAGUUACUAGACAUCCUCUCUCAGGAUUCAGAGGGCUUCGCCAGACGUGCUGUGGUCCAGUUCUUCAUCAGCUGGCUAAAGACACACCCAUCAUCAUCCUCCUCCUCCUCCUCCUCCUCGCUGCGUUCUGUCCUAUCGCUGGGCAGCACUGACCUGGACUGGGAGGUCAAAGUUCACACCCUGGAGCUGGUUGACCUCCUGAUGGAGGAAACACUUCCAGGUCACCAGGAGUCAGAGCUGUGGUCAGCUCCUCCCCACUACGGUGGCUCUGGAGGGCCAAACCUACUAACACACACUAACCACACACACCCUUACGCUGUGGCGCCAAACCAGCCCUCAGCCCUUCUCACACACACCCCGACUGACACACACACCCCCCACACACACGCAUCUGUAGUGUGUGGUCUGUCUAGGUUGGUAGAGCUAGGUGUUGUAACAGCGUUACUGAACGGCCUGUUUGACUGUGACAGACCUGUAGCUUUAAAAGCCUGUAGUCUGUUGCUACGACUACGAGACAUGGUGUGUCCCCGGUCGCUAGGGAAAGGUGCUAUGACGACUGACGACGCCACGGCAACAGUUGCCAAGGUGACUUUUGACCUGAGGGGUCAGGUUUGGGAGCGGGAGGUCAUGAGGAAGUUACAGGAGAAGAGAGGAUCUGAUUGGGUUAGAGAGUCCAGGGAAGUAGGUUGUGAUAGGCUGAACAGGAACAGAGUUUCUGAUGGGACAGACGGGGCUGGUUCCGAAGCCUGUGAUAGGGUGACAGGGGAGAGUGUGUGUGAGGGUAGUGUGACGGUCUGUGAGGUGCUGUGGUCGUUGGGUCUGGAGGAGAGACAGAGUGUGUUAUCUCAGAGUAGUGACCACGUCCAGAACUCACCUCUCUCUUUACUGCAGGACAUACUGAACGCUACAGACACAUCACACGCUGAGGAAGUUAUAGUGGACUGUUACUGACACAAACCCACAUCACAAACACUCUACACACGUUGUUGUAGACCAACAGUUUUAUUUUUGAUAAUUGUUUCUCCUCUGUACGUUGACUAGUGAAUACCGUAGGUGGUGUUUCUCCUCUGUACGUUGACUAGUGAAUACUUUAGGUAGUAUUUCUCCUCUGUACGUUGACUAGUGAAUACCAUAGGUAGUGUUUCUCCUCUGUACGUUGACUAGUGAAUACUUUAGGUAGUGUUUCUCCUCUGUACGUUGACUAGUGAAUACUUUAGGUAGUGUUUCUCCUCUGUACGUUGACUAGUGAAUACUUUAGGUAGUGUUUCUCCUCUGUACGUUGACUAGUGAAUACUUUAGGUAGUGUUUCUCCUCUGUACGUUGACUAGUGAAUACUUUAGGUAGUGUUUCUCCUCUGUACGUUGACUAGUGAAUACUUUAGGUAGUGUUUCUCCUCUGUACGUUGACUAGUGAAUACUUUAGGUAGUGUUUCUCCUCUGUACGUUGACUAGUGAAUACUUUAGGUGGUGUUUCUCCUCUGUACGUUGACUAGUGAAUACUUUAGGUGGUGUUUCUCCUCUGUACGUUGACUAGUGAAUACUUUAGGUAGUGUUUCUCCUCUGUACGUUGACUAGUGAAUACUUUAGGUAGUGUUUCUCCUCUGUACGUUGACUAGUGAAUACUUUAGGUGGUGUUUCUCCUCUGUACGUUGACUAGUGAAUACUUUAGGUAGUGUUUCUCCUCUGUACGUUGACUAGUGAAUACUUUAGGUAGUGUUUCUCCUCUGUACGUUGACUAGUGAAUACUUUAGGUAGUGUUUCUCCUCUGUACGUUGACUAGUGAAUACCGUAGGUGGUGUUCCAUUGGGACAGAACUCUUGAUCAUCCACCUACCAGGAAAAUAAAUAAAAAUACUAUUUUGAUAUUUCAAA